AUGUUAAUAAAGCUCUUAAAAAAUUCAUUUUCAACACUUACAAAUUAAAAACGUCCUUUAUACCUUGAUAUGUAAGCCACGACUCCUAUUGAUUUCCGCGUAUUAGAUGCUAUGUUACCCUAUUUAACAAUAGAUUACGGUAAUCCUCAUUCUAAAACUCAUUUAUACGGUAUAAACGCAGAUAAAAUCAUUGAAAAAUCACGCCUAUAAGUUGCUUGUUUAUUAAAUGCCGAAUAAGACGAAAUAAUAUUUAAUUCAGGUGCUUCAGAAUCCAACAAUGCUGCCUUAUUAGGACUUUCAUAGUACCAUUUUGAGAAUAAUACAGGCAAAAAUCACAUUAUUACUAUAAAAACGGAACAUAAAACAGUAUUAGAAGCAUGUAAAUAUAUUGAGAAAAAAUACAAUUUUAAAGUCGAUUAUCUCGACGUUGAUUCAAACGGUUUAAUUUCUUUAGAAAAUCUUGAACAGAAAAUAAAUUAAUAUACUUUAGUUGUUUCCGUGAUGAGUCUAAAUAACGAAAUUGGAGUUUUGUAAGACUUGUAAAAAAUAGGACUUUUAUGUGAAUAAAAAAACGCUAUUUUUCAUACUGAUUCAGCUUAGGCUAUUGGUAAAAUCGACUUAGAUAAAAAAUUAAAUUUAUUACCCAUUAUACAUGGGGGAGGUCAAGAAAAAGGGCUCAGAAGUGGAACUUUAUCACCGCCUAUGGUUGCUGCACUUGGAGAGGCAUGUAGUGCAGCUUAAAGAGAAAUGUAAAACGAUAAUAAAUAUAUAAAAAAACUGUAUGAUAGAAUGUUUCGAAGAAUUUUUUCAAAAAUAGACGAUGUUAAGUUAAAUGGAGAUCCUUAAUAGAGAUAUUUUGGUAACCUUAAUGUAUCUUUUAAAGAUGUAUUAAGCUCAUCUAUUAUGGAUAUAAUUAAAAAUUCAGUCGCUCUAAGUGCUGGAGCAGCUUGCUCAGAUGAACCUUCUUAUGUUUUGAGUGCUAUUAAGGUCCCUGAAGAAUAUGCGUUUGGGUCAAUUAGAAUAGGAGUGGGAAGAUUUACUACGUUCGAAGAAGUUGAUUUUUUAGUAGAUAUUUUAAUAGAAAGUGUUAAAUAAUGUAGAUAAAAUAAUUGA